UGGUUCAGCUGCAGAGCAAUAAGAGCAGCGCAGAGCAGAGCAGAGCUGCAGAGCUGCAGCCAGACGGACCAGGGGAGGUCUGACCACAGCAGCUCAGCUCCGUCUGCAACCACAGCCUCACUCUGAAAGUCUGCAAACACAGCAUGGCAGGAACGUCCAGGAGGUCCAGGAUGGAGGGCUUCAGGUCCACGGUGUUCUAGCUCACACAAGAGGAGCACAUCUGAGGACUUAGUUCACCUGUGGGUUCUGAUUCUGAUAUGAUGCCGUGGAGCCACUUUGGUCGGCAGCUGCUGUCGCUGGCGGCUCUUCUGGUGAUUGUAAACUGUGGAGGAGAUCAGCGGAGAGAAAGCAGCAGCAGCAGCAGCAGCAGCAACAACUACAGCAACAGGCGCUUCCAUAAGAUCCAGCAUGGCCAGUGCACCUACACCUUCAUCCUGCCUGAGGCUGAUGGAGCUGCCGGGUCCUGCAGGGAGGCCAAAGCCGCCGCCAGCAGCAGCAGCAGCAGCAGCAGCAGCAGCAGCAGCAGCAGCAGCUCCCAGUACGACGCCAACUCUCUGCAGAGAGACGCUCCCCCGGAACCCGACUUCCCCAACCAGAAGAUCCAGCAGCUGGAGCACAUCAUGGAGAACUACACCCAGUGGCUGCAGAAGAUCGAGAACUACAUCAAGGAGAGCAUGAAGACGGAGAUGGCUCAGCUGCAGCAGAGCGCCGUCCACAACCACACAGCUGCCAUGUUGGAAAUGGGAACCAACCUUCUUUCUCAGACGGCCGAACAAACACGGAAGCUAACGGACGUCGAAACUCAGGUUCUGAAUCAAACGUCCAGACUUGAAAUCCAGCUCCUUGAAAAUUCUCUUUCCACCAACAAGUUGGAGAAAGAAUUGAUGGUCCAAACCAAUGAAAUCAGCAAACUGCAUGACAAGAACAGCCUGCUGGAGCAGAAGAUGCUGGACAUGGAGGUCCGUCACCGGGAGGAGCUGGAGACCCUGAGGCAGGAGAAGGGAAGCCUGCAGACUCUGGUGGGCCGACAGAGCGGAGUGAUCCGGGAGCUGGAGGCCCAGCUGAGCCGGGCCACGGGGAACAGCACGGCCCUGCAGAGGCAGCAGCAGGAGAUGAUGGACACCGUCCACAACCUCCUCAACCUCUGCUCCAAGGACGGAGUUGUUCCAAACAGCACGAAGGUCGUGGACGAAGAGAAGAAGUUCAGAGACUGUGCCGACCUCUACCAGGACGGUUUCCAUAAGAACGGCGUCUACACCAUCCAAAUCAACCAGCAGGACACCAAGAAGGUGUAUUGCAACAUGGAAACAGCCGGCGGUGGGUGGACGGUGAUCCAGCGGCGGGAGGACGGCAGCGUGGACUUCCAGAGGACGUGGAAGGAGUAUAAGAUGGGUUUUGGGAGCACGUCUGCAGAGCACUGGUUGGGUAAUGAGUAUGUUUACCAGCUGACCAGCCAGAGGCAGUACGCCCUCCGAGUAGAGCUGACCGACUGGGACGGACACCAGGCCUUCUCCCUGUACGACCGCUUCCAGAUCGGCAGCGAGAAGCAGAACUACAGGCUGUUUCUGAAGAGCCACAGUGGGACUGCUGGCCGACAGAGCAGUCUGGUGAUCCACGGAGCCGAUUUCAGCACCAAGGACAUGGACAACGACAACUGCAUGUGCAAGUGCGCCCUCAUGCUAACCGGCGGUUGGUGGUUCGACGCCUGCGGUCCGUCCAACCUCAACGGGAUGUAUUUCACUCACGGCCAACAUGUGGGGAAGCUCAACGGCAUCAAGUGGCACUACUUUAAAGGACCAAGCUACUCCCUGAAGGCCACGGCCAUGAUGCUCCGCCCACUGGACUUCUCCUAGUCCUGACCUUCCACUUCCUGUUCCACCCUCACCUGGAGGCGUCCAGCCGGCGCUUUAUGGAGCUUUUACCUUUUAAACUCACCGGACUGAGACAAAGCAGCUGUGAGGACAAAGACGUGAAGCACCUGAACUGAUUAAACUGAGCUCAGGUUGGAGGCGUUGCCGGGGCAACCAGCGGCGCCGAUACUUUUCCAUUUUCAACUGAACUCUUUGAGCAGCAGAGACUGAAAACCUGCAGGACAGAAAGAUUUUUUUUACUCAAACGUUGCAGAAGCAUAAAUGCUGCGACUGUGUUAUAUUUUGUGUAACGUUUUGUUGUUUUGUUAUCCCAGCAGUAUCCAAAGUGAAUGAAUGGUUUUGUACUGAACAGAAACGCUCCUGCACUCGGUAAGAAUUACACCAAUUACACACUUUCUCUUCAGACGGAGUGAUUAUUGUUUCUGGAGCUCCACAUGUGAGCUUGUUAUUGGACUCUCUUUGUCUCCUGGCCGAGAAACGACUCAAACCUGCCAAACUUCAGACGGUGAGCGAUCGUUUUACCUCCCAAAAAGACGAGGACAUUCAUUCAGAUUAAUGGUGUGACGGCAGCAGGACGUAGAAAACUCAGAUCUGCGAGUGUUUCCACCCCACAGGCAGCACGUUUACUGUGUACAGAUGCAGUAAAACCUAUUGUGGUCAAAGUUUUGUUCCUCUUUGUGUCAUUUUCACAUCAGCUUAGCAUCUUUCUGGGUCGUUUUUGUGUCUGUUUGUGCGAUUUCUGCUUCUUUUUUGUCAUUUUAGCAUCUUUUGUGCCUGUUUUAUGCCUUGUUGUGUCUUUUUGCGUUAUUUUAGCACAUUUUCAAGUCAUUUUGUGUGUUGUUUCUUGUCUUUUUGUGUCAUGUUAGCAUAAUUUCUGUCACUUUUUUGUCGUGUCAUUUUCAUGUCAUUUUAGCAUCUUUUGUGUUUUUGUUUGUCAUUUUUGCUUCUUUUUUGUGUCUUUUUCUGACAUUUUCAUAUCAGUUUAGCAUUUUUCCGGGUCAUUUUUGUGUCUGUGCAGUUUCUGCUUCUUUUUUUGUCAUUUUAGCAUCUUCUGUGCCUGUUUUAUGCCUUUUUUGUGUCGUUUUGCAUUAUUUUAACACAUUUUUGUGUCAUUUUGUGUGUUUUUUCUUGUCUUUAUUUCAUGUUAGCAUCAUUUCUGUCACUUUUAUGUCUUGCCAUGUCAUUUUCAUGUCAUUUUAGCAUCUUUUGUGUUUUGUUUGUGUCGCUUUUGGUUCAUUUUUGUGUCUUUUUCUGACAUUUUCAUGUCAUUUUAGCAUCUUUUGUGUCAAUUUUGCUUCUUUUUGUGUCUUUUUGUGUCAUUUUUGCUUCUUUUGUACCAUUUUUGCUUCUUUUUGAGUCAUUUUAGCAUUUUUCCAUGUCAUUUUUGCGUCUGUGUGAUUUCUGUCUUUUUGUGCCAUUUUUGCUUCUUUUUGUGCCAUUUUCACGUCAUUUUUAGCAUUUUUUGUGUUUCGUUUGUAUCAGUUUUGCUUCGUCUUGUGCCAUUUUCAUGUCAUUUUAGCAUAUUUUGUGUCUCUUUUGUGUCAUUUGUACUUCUUUUUUUGUCUUUUUUUGCUUGUUUUUGUGUCAUUUCAUGUCAUUUUAUCAUUCUUCUGUGUCAUUUUUGCUUCUUUUUGUGUCUUUGUGUGUCAUUUUUACUGUAAUUUUUGUACCUCACAGAUGAGCAGUUCAAGGAGGGUUGGAAAUCAAGUGAUUCUUUAUGUUUUACUGGUCUCUGGCUCUGACGAAUGGUGUCAUUUUGGCUUCUUUUUGUGUCAUUUUGGCUUCUCUUUGUGUCUUUUUGUGUCUCUCUGUGUAAUUUCUGUGUCUUUUUUGUCAUAUUACCAUCUUCUUCACCUCUUUUGUGUCAUAUUUUGUCAUUUUAGCACAUUUUUGUGCUUUGUGCUUCAUUAAAUGCUUAUAUUAAGCCGACGUCUCGCAAAAAAUGAGGUUGGGGGUCGUUUCGUCGUGUCGGAUUCAUCGUGUUUCCACAUCAUUAAUCACAUCCAGAACAUUAUGAAUCCAGUUUCUGUUUCUCAUCAGCCUAGAAAGAGGGGAAAAAAAGAAGUUUGGACACGAGGCAUGAAAUUAACGAUUCCACCGACUGAUCCAUGUGAACACGUAUUUCACAACAACACAAUCUACUGUGGAGAUACGAGAUAAAGUGUAUCUGGAGCCUGUAAAAGUACAAUUGACGUGUUUAUUAUCACACUAAAGGCUGUAAUUUAACAGGAGGGAAGCAGCUCAUAGGAGAAAAAGAAGAAGAAAAUGUGGAAGUUGGAGUAAUAACCCUGGAAAAAUGUGCCUCCGAUAACUCUGCUUUUACCUCAUUACGUUGUGCAGAUUUAUUUAAACCUCUUUCCUAACAUGUGGUCAGUGUUGUGUUGCUGGAUUGAAUAAAGGAGCAUGAGAUGCACUAAUGUUUUCAA